UCAUCUUUCUUCUUUCAAGUAGUUUUACCAAUGGCAGAAUACAGCCACCCUCCCAUGGAACAGCUUCAAGACCUUGAGUACUGCAUAGACUCUAACCCUCCUUGGGCGGAAACUAUCUUAUUAGCAUUUCAAAACUACAUCCUGAUGCUGGGGACAAGUGUAAUGAUCCCUUCCUUGCUCGUCCCAGCAAUGGGUGGAAGUGAUGGCGAGAAAGCACGUGUAAUACAGACUCUUCUUUUUGUAGCUGGAAUUAAUACUCUUCUCCAAGCACUUUUUGGAACCAGGUUGCCAGCUGUUGUUGGGGGCUCUUUUGCUUAUGUGAUUCCAAUAGCUUAUAUAAUAAAUGACUCCUCAUUGCAACGGAUUACUGAUAAUCAUGAAAGAUUUAUACAAACAAUGCGAGCUAUCCAAGGAGCUCUCAUUGUUGCCUCAAGCAUACAGAUCAUCCUGGGUUACAGUCAAGUUUGGGGUCUCUUUUCACGAUUUUUCAGUCCUCUUGGUAUGGCCCCUGUGGUUGGAUUGGUUGGCUUGGGAUUGUUUCAACGGGGAUUUCCUCUGUUGGGGAAUUGCGUGGAAAUUGGGAUCCCAAUGCUAUUGUUGGUCAUUGGAUUGUCACAAUAUCUAAAGCAUGUGAGGCUGUUUAGAGAGUUACCAAUAUUUGAACGAUUUCCGGUGCUAAUCUGUGUUACAAUCAUUUGGAUCUAUUCUGUUAUCUUAACUGCUAGUGGGGCUUAUCGAGACCGGCCAAGCCUGACUCAAGCCCAUUGUCGUACCGACAGAGCAAAUCUUGUAUCUACUGCUCCAUGGUUCAAGUUCCCAUACCCUCUCCAGUGGGGGCCCCCCACAUUUUCAGCAGGUCAUUCAUUUGCUAUGAUGUCUGCAGUUCUUGUGUCUAUGGUUGAGUCAACAGGAGCAUUCAAAGCAGCAUCUCGCUUGGCAAUUGCCACUCCACCACCUGCUUAUGUAUUGAGCCGUGGCAUUGGUUGGCAGGGGAUUGGCAUCUUGCUUGAUGGUCUAUUUGGGACAGGCACUGGUUCCACUAUUUCUGUGGAGAAUGUGGGACUCCUUGGGCUGACCCGAGUUGGGAGUCGUCGAGUUGUUCAAAUAUCUGCUGGCUUCAUGAUAUUCUUCUCUACCUUAGGAAAAUUUGGAGCUGUGUUCGCAUCUAUACCCUUCCCAAUAUUUGCUGCAUUAUACUGUGUUCUCUUCGGUCUUGUUGCUGCAGUUGGACUAUCAUUCCUGCAAUUCACAAACAUGAACUGCAUGAGAAACCUUAUCAUAACCGGGCUCUCACUUUUUCUCGGGAUAUCUGUCCCCCAAUUUUUCAGUGAAUACUGGAACCCUGAACAUCAAGGACUUGUUCAUACCAAUGCUGGAUGGUUUAACGCUUUCUUGAAUACCAUAUUCUCGUCGCCUGCAAUGGUUGGUUUAAUAGUUGCAGUAUUUCUCGACAACACAUUAGAGGUGGAAAAAUCAAAGAAAGAUAGAGGAAUGCCAUGGUGGGUAAAGUUCAGAACAUUUAAGGGAGACAACAGAAAUGAAGAAUUCUACACUUUACCAUUCAAUCUCAAUAGGUUCUUUCCACCAACAUAGCCAGUUUAAAAUAAAACUGAAAAGAAAGCUGAAGCGAAAGGCUAAAGAGAGCUAAUUCCUUGUGAAAUCGAAUUCAGUUAAUAUUGAUGCAGACAAGCGAUGCGAAUCCUUCCUUCAACAGCUCAAAUUUUUUGUAAGCCAUGUCAAAUUGGGUCCAGCUAGGAUUGUAGAACAUUUGAUCUAUACCCUUUUGUAGAUGCAAUGC